CGCGGGCUCGGACCGCGGGUGUGCGCCGUCGCCCCGCACCUGCUGCACCUGCCGCACCUGCCGCACCUGCUCCUGUCCGGGGACCAGCCCCCGCCCGGCUGAGCCCCAACCCGGGGCACGUCCUGGGAACGAGGACCCGCCGGGACGAAGAGCUCUGGUUCUGACAAGAGGGUUCUUGUUCUAGUUGCUGAAAAUGGGUCCAGUAGGUGCAAAAGCUGAUGAGAACCAGACAGUGGAAGAAAUGAAGGUGGAGAAGUAUCAUCCACGGCAAACCACUCCUAGAGGUGAGCUGGCCCCUGACCCUGAGCCAGAGCUUAUAGACAGCACCAUGCUGAUUGAGGUACGAAUUAUCCUCAUUUUAGCCUAUUGCUCCAUCAUCUUGCUUGGGGUAAUUGGAAACUCUUUGGUGAUUCAUGUGGUGAUCAAAUUCAAGAGCAUGCGCACAGUAACCAACUUUUUCAUUGCCAAUCUGGCUGUGGCAGAUCUUCUGGUGAACACCCUGUGCUUGCCAUUCACUCUUACCUACACCUUAAUGGGGGAGUGGAAAAUGGGUCUUGUCCUAUGCCACCUGGUACCCUAUGCCCAGGGCCUGGCAGUACAAGUGUCCACCAUCACCUUGACAGUAAUUGCCCUGGACCGGCACCGUUGUAUCGUCUACCACCUGGAGAGCAAGAUCUCCAAGAGAAUCAGCUUCCUGAUUAUUGGCUUGGCCUGGGGCAUCAGUGCUCUGCUAGCAAGCCCCCUGGCCAUCUUCCGCGAGUAUUCUCUCAUUGAGAUUAUUCCUGACUUUGAGAUAGUGGUCUGUACAGAGAAGUGGCCUGGUGAGGAGAAGAACAUCUAUGGCACCAUCUACAGUCUUUCUUCCUUGUUAAUCCUGUAUGUUUUUCCUCUGGGCAUCAUAUCUUUUUCCUACACUCGUAUCUGGAGUAAACUUAAGAACCACGUGAGCCCUGGAGCUGCCAGUGAUCACUACCAUCAGCGAAGGCAGAAAACCACCAAAAUGCUGGUGUGUGUGGUGGUGGUGUUUGCGGUCAGCUGGUUGCCUCUCCAUGCCUUCCAGCUUGCUGUCGACAUUGACAACCAAGUCCUAGACCUGAAGGAAUACAAACUCAUCUUCACCGUGUUCCACAUUAUCGCCAUGUGCUCCACCUUUGCCAACCCCCUCCUCUAUGGCUGGAUGAACAGCAACUAUAGAAAGGCCUUCCUCGCAGCCUUCCGCUGUGAGCAGAGGUUGGAUGCCAUUCACUCCGAGGUGUCUGUGACAUUCAAGUCUAAAAAGAACCUGGAAGUCAAAAAGAACCAUGGCCCCAAUGACUCUUUCUCAGAAGCUACCAACGUCUAAGGAAGCUCUGGUGUGAAGCUUGGUAGAUGAAUUCUGACCAGAGCCGUCAAUCUGGUUGAGGAGGGCUCCCAGGUGCAUCCUGAUUUCCCAUUUAAAGGAAGAAACAGAAGAUCGAAGUGGAAGCAUCUGCAGUGUAAUCAGUGGAAAUCUGGUUGGCAGAGGCUAGGUAAAAAUACUCAUAUUCAAAGAUACAGUGAACAGUUUGCCUCCAGUUGCUUGGUUGGUAGGUCAAAGUAAGAGUAAAAGCAGAGAGAAACACUUGGGCUAUUUUCCAGAAUGAAGGAAGCCUGAACGAGGAAUUGGCAUUUUCAGCAUUGCUAAAAAGCGGUGGCUAGACAGGUUGCCCUUCAAAUCUUAUCAGGGCUUCGACCGGGGGUGAUGUGCUGUUCACUGCCCCCCUCAUCUGAUGAAAGGACUACCCAAGAUCAAUUUCCCUAGGAAACUGAGGGCUGUUUGUUGUAUUUUUUAAUAAAAUUAUUCUUCCUAUGGACUAAUCCUUCAGAGAGCAUUACCAAUUAUUUGAAUGACUUUCAGGAAAUAAGCUGAAAUUUGCUAGAUAAUCAGUGUUUUGACCAGUGAUGGGGGAAAUCUUUAACACUCCACUAGCCAGUUGUUCUUGAAACCAAGUGCACGUUUAGUGAAAACUUGCUUCAAUUUAGAAUCGAAGGUGGAAAUUCUCAGAAUUGUAGAAAUGCAAACUGUCACUUAGUUUCUCAUUUCAAGUUGUGACUGCUUUCUAUAGAUACUAUAUACUAUUUACAUAGCAGAAGAGUUGUAUACUCAAAACCUUUAAUCACUGCUAAUUGUUCUUUUUUUUUUUCUUUGAACAUGUGCUUUCCUGUGUUGGGACUCAAUCUGUCUUCACUAAAAAUUAAUACAGAUUGGGAGAUAAUAUUUUUGUGGCAUUUUGCAACAUUUUGUGGUUAUUUGUAAAUGGUUUUUGUAUAGAUACAUACAUAGCUCUAAUGUGUUUACAGAACAGUGUAGUGUUGUUUUUUGAAAUUCAUCUUCCAUGGACCCAUUCAGAAUUAGUAAAACAAUAUAAUUUCAUCAAAAUGCAACCCAUCAGGUAAGAAAUAUUAAAAACGUUGUAUUCGUUCCACUUUGCAAACGUUCUAUUGAGAACCAAUUUCAACAUAAAUUAUCCUCCUCUCAAAAUAAUUAGUUAUGUAUUUUGGAUAACUUAUGAAUAUAUACAUAAUAAAUUUUUACUGAUAAAUAAAUAGUGGCGUGUAGAUGCUACAGUGUUUUUCAUUGAAUGAUUUUUUGUGACUAUUAUUUUUAUUUCAAUAGUACCCAGCCAAAGAUGUUAAAACCCUAGUACAUUUAUGAAAACUCAUUGAGAUGUUAAAAUAUUUGUACUCGUUUGGAGGCUGUUAAAGAAGUUUCAUUAUAAUCAUAUUUUGUCAGUAUGGCUGAUUUUGUGAAAAAUUUCUUAAAUUUUAAAAAAGCUUCAAUAUAAAUAUUACAUUUAGUUACAAACACUAACUUUAUGAACUGGAGAGUUUCAUUUUAUGGAUAUAUUUAAAAUUCAUACCAUGGCUCUUGCUGAAUUAUUUCCAAUGCCCUCUUGGAAUACUGAAAAAGAAUGGAAACAGUGGAAGACUAAUUAAGAAGAAAACAAAAAAUAAUAUACACGUAAUAUAUCGUGAAUGGAGGAAUUGAUUUUUCUGUUGGACUUGACAUAACUGUUCAAGAAGAAGCUUUUUGUCCUCUAAAUAGGAGUUACUUUGCUUAAGAUGCUAAUAGAUAACUGUGGUUAAAGGUUUUUUUUUCCCCCUCUGGGAGAAUUCUUACCUUGUAGGUAAUGUGUAUGUAUUGUAUCACUAGUUGUAGUAGUAAAUUAUUAGAAUCUAAUUAAUGAUCCAAUUAAUAUAUGUGAUCUAAUUAAUUCUGUUAACUCAUUAACAAAAUAUCUUUUUAUGUAGUGAUUUUCAUCUGUUGAAAUAAAAGACUUUGGGAAAUUAGAGAAA